UGACUUAACGGGAAACUAUUGGAUUGAAAAAUCUAUACGCACUCACUAGCAGCUGUCAGCAAGAGUUGUAUAUUCAAAUGAGAAGUCAUAAUGGUUCAGACUACUAUGCAAAAUAUUCACAAUUUUUUAUUGCUGCUGAGUCAGAGGACUAUGCUUUAAAAAUAUUGGAUGAUUACAGUGGCACCGCUGGUGAUUCCUUAACUAAGCAUUUAGGAAAGAAGUUUUCAACGUAUGAUCGAGAUAAUGAUGAUGCUGAUGAUCAAGGAAAUUGUGCGUUGCAUUUUAAAGGAGCUUGGUGGUUUGGAAAUUGCUAUGAUAGUCACUUAAAUGGGGUCUACGGGUCUGCUAGAGAUGGUGUGAAUUCGAAUAGUAUAAAGUUUGAGGAAUCUUUAUUAGUUGCACAAAUGAUGAUAUGACCAAAUCAUAACUGCCUUAGACGGCGGCUGAUGUUGAGCAAUUUGAAGAGAUAUGUCUAAAAUGAUCAUUAAU